GUUUGAUGUCAUUCGUACUAGCAAGUAAGGAAGAAGAAGAAUAAGAAACUUCAGUCGAAAAUCGAAAUCGUCACCAAAGGGCUAGGUGAACAAUGGCGAGCGGAAAUACUCCUACACUAGCGUUGCGAUCCGCGAAAGGAGUCGAAGUGUGGAAGCCCGAACAACAGAAACAACAGCUCACAUUUGUUCCGGAUGCGAGGUUUACUCCCGACCAGAGUAAAUCUUGCCGCGCUAUUGUUUAUAGCCCCGACGGACGAUUUCUGGCCUGGGCCAAUGGUUCGACGGUGCAGCUGUGCCGGGUGCUGGCGGACGCGAUCGUAGCAGUUGCGUCCCUACCCCGACCGAAGGCAUGCUAUCUGCGGUUUUCUCCGCUCAGCAGCUAUCUUAUGACGUGGGAAGUGUACACCGAGAACCCGCAGGAGACCCCGAAGGAGAAACCGAAUCUGUUCAUCUAUCGGGCGGAAACGGGCGAGGAGGUAUUCUCCAUCAUCCAGAAGCGUCAUCAGGAAUGGCAGAUGCACUGGAGCUGCGACGAAACCAUUGCCGCUCUGUUGGUCGGCGGAGAGGCACUCUUCUACGAACAUGGCCCAUCCGGGCCCGGCUUUAAACAGGUGGUGAAGCGCUUCGGCAGUCUCCGCAAUGGAGGACUCUCGGUAGCCCCAGGGCCCUCGCCACCGCACAUCGGUGUCUACAUGCCCGGCACGAAGGGGGCCCCAUCGAUGUGCCGGUUGUUCAAGUAUCCCAACUUGGAGAUCAACCAGCCGGUCGCGUCGAAAAGCUUCUUCCAGGCAGACAAGGUGGACAUGAUGUGGAACCGGAAGGGCAGCGGCUUGAUUCUGAUGACCAGCACCGAUGUCGAUACGACGGGAGUGUCCUACUACGGCAAGCAAGCGCUACACUACAUGACUCCCAAGGGGGAUUCGUGCGGUAUCCAGCUGAAAGCAGAAGGACCCAUCCACGACGUGGCCUGGAGCCCCAAAUCGACGGAGUUCUGUGUAGUGUACGGUUUCAUGCCUGCCCGGGCGACGCUCUUCAAUCUGAAGUGUGACGUCGUGUACGAUUUUGAGCCGGGCAACAGGAAUUCGAUUUUCUACAACGAUUUCGGCAAUCUGAUCCUGUUCGGUGGGUUCGGAAAUUUGCCCGGCUACAUCGAAACGUGGGAUUUGCCCAGACGCAAGAAGCUGGCAAGCUUUAAAGCUCCCGAUACUACAUCCCUUGAAUGGAAUCCGGCCGGCGAUACGUUCCUGACGUCUACGACCGCUCCACGGCUUCGCAUGGCGAACGGAUUCAAAGUGUGGCACUAUUCGGGCGCUCUGCUCGGCGAGUACGAUUGGACCGGAGAGCUGCUGGAGGUCAUCUGGCAAAAGUAUCCUCCGGGAACGUUCAAAGAGGUGCCGAUUUCGGACGAGAAGAUUGUGGGCAUCGUGUCCGCAACGCCGGUCGCCAGCAAUCAGAAAUACAUUCCGCCCGGUGCACGGAACAGUGUCACUGUCACCUCCAGUGGCCAAAUCAUCGACAUGAGACCACCGAUUCCGGGUCUACCACCCGGUUACCGUUCUUCAGUGCAGAUUAAAAAUAGCAAGAAGAACAAGAAGGCGGCUAGCAAAGCGGCGGCACCCGCUCCUGCUGGAACUGCUAAGGAUGCGGGUGAAGCGGGCGUCGGCGAAACCACUGCUCCUGCUGCUGCACCCGCACCCAAAAAGCAAGCCACAAGGAAAAAUGCAAAAAAUGCCGCUGAUGGUGAUUUGGCCAAUGGUAACGCAAACACCAAACCCAAAUCGGGUGGCUCAUCGACGAACGAGAGCAACAACGGCGUACAGAAAGUGUCACCCACUGGUGAUCCAAACAAGGACAAAAAAAUCAAAGCAAUCCAAAAGAAGCUGAAGGACAUUAAGGUCCUGAAGGAGAAGCACGAGCGUGGCGAAACGCUUGUGCAGACGCAGAUUGUAAAAAUGAACUCCGAAAGCCAGCUGAUAAAAGAGCUGGAAGCGCUGAAGGUAGCGUGAAGCGGGAUUAUUGCAUUCGCACAUUUGCUGCCAUUAUCCUUACGGCCGGGACAGGAUGAUGCAUCUCUACGAAUAUUUUCGUGUACAGUUUUCCUCUGACCGUUUUAGCGGCGGCCAAUCGCUCCCAGCCACGUGGUACCUUAACGACGACGACGACAGCUCCCGGUAGCAGCGGCAUCGACAUCGAACGUGUAGACAUAUUUUUGAUAAUACUUUUCCUUUGUUAACAACAUCAAAGCACACGGUUCGGAGACAGUCCGGAGUCUUUAUGGGUGAAAUAAAGCUGUAACUUUGCAAGAAA